CCUUAAAGGAGAAUUAAAAAUAGUGACUCCAAAGAACAAAAUAACACAGAAGAGAGAAAACAGCACUCAGAAAACCCCCAGAAAGGGGUAGCAGGUUGUUUGACACACAUGGGCACAGAAGAUUAUGAACAGUGAAAACAAUGAAGAGUGGGACAUCCAUCAAAGAGUAACAACCUCUCAUAAGGUGACUCGUGUGAGCUCAUGAGGCUCCUGUAAAGGCCAGACUCAGCUAGGAUGUUACACCACCACUGCAGGAGGAACCCUGAGCUACAGGAAGAGUUGCAGAUCCAGGCUGCCGUGGCCGCCGGCGAUGUUCACACCGUGCGCAAGAUGCUGGAGCAGGGAUAUUCUCCAAACGGUCGGGAUGCCAACGGCUGGACCUUGCUUCAUUUCUCUGCAGCAAGAGGCAAGGAGCGAUGUGUCCGUGUUUUUCUGGAACAUGGAGCUGAUCCCACAGUGAAGGACUUAAUUGGAGGCUUCACCGCUCUGCAUUACGCAGCCAUGCACGGCCGGGCGAGGAUCGCGCGCCUGAUGCUGGAGUCUGACUACAGAAGUGACAUUAUUAACGCCAAGAGCAACGACGGCUGGACUCCCCUGCACGUCGCUGCUCACUACGGCAGAGACUCCUUUGUCAGGCUCCUCCUGGAGUUCAAGGCUGAGGUUGAUCCGCUCAGCGAUAAAGGUACUACACCACUCCAGCUGGCCAUUAUCCGGGAGAGGUCAAGCUGUGUGAAAAUCCUCCUGGACCACAAUGCCAACAUCGACAUUCAGAAUGGUUUCCUGUUACGAUACGCUGUGAUCAAAAGCAAUCACUCGUACUGCCGAAUGUUCCUCCAGAGAGGGGCCGAUACGAACUUGGGGCGCUUGGAAGAUGGACAGACACCCUUGCACUUGUCUGCUCUUAGAGAUGAUGUGCUUUGUGCACAAAUGUUGUAUAAUUAUGGAGCAGACACUAACACAAGGAACUAUGAAGGACAGACCCCACUGGCUGUUUCAAUAAGUAUUUCUGGAAGUAGCCGACCCUGUCUGGAUUUCUUACAAGAAGUGACAAGACAGCCCAGAAACUUGCAAGAUCUAUGCCGAAUUAAAAUCCGUCAGUGUAUAGGCCUUCAAAACCUCAAACUGCUUGAUGAGCUACCCAUUGCCAAGGUCAUGAAAGACUACUUAAAACACAAAUUUGAUGAUAUCUGAUAUCCAUGAAGAGAGGAACUCUGAGCAAGUUUAGUUCUAUUCCAGAUACUGAAGAGGCUUGUUGCCUUGCACAAAGUAUAUCCUAUGCAAAUUCUGAUUUUUCUGUGAAGUCAGAAGGCAGGUAUACACUUCCUUGGGUUUUUUAUACCACACGCUAGAAGGUCUUAAUUUUUGGUUUCUUGGUCCAGGUUUACAAGGUCCAAGCUUUCUAUACAAUAUUGCAUUUUCAAAAUUGCUGUUGGUUUUCUGUUUGUUUUCACAUUAUGUGUGCAGACUUGCUGGGGAGAUGGAAGGCAGCCCCUUGAGGGAAGUGGUUGGAGUUGGCAUGCUGAGCAAUGAUGCAAAAGCAUAAAAGUUUGGAAAUCAAGGCACCAGUCCUUCAAAAAGAUACAGACAGAUCUCCAGAGCCCUGCUUGUUAGGACCCCUGUCUCUGCCAGGUGUUUGUUUUUGCAGGACAGAGGGAAGAGGGGAUAAUCAACAUGUCCUUGGGUACUGUAUGAAUAGAAUCAGAAAUUGAGGGAAAAAAAAUGCAGUCACCCUGUUCAAUUUGAGGAGUCUAUACAUUGGUUU